UUGAUAAUAACAUUCAAAUUUCUUUACUGCUUAAACUUUCUCCAUCAGCCACUUGGGAGGAACUCAAUCUAUCUUGGUGUUUCUGCCUGUCCCCUCAUCCGUACCCCGUCGCUCGUUUCCUGCAAUCAUGCCGCAAACCAUACUCAUCGUUGGCGGCACUGAAGGCAUUGGUUUCGAAGUCGCAAAGGCUAUCCGCACGCAACCUGACGCUUUGAAAACAAACAGAGUAAUCUUCGGACUCGUGGAACCGGUCAAGAUUGAACGCUCCGCGACGUACUUCAUAGGCGAUGUUACAAACUCUGAAGUACGCGAGCGAGCGGUUCGUUACUGUAUAGAUAAAUUCGGGGGCAUUGAUACACUGGUAUACUCUGCAGGAGUCAUCACGCCAAUCGAAAGAAUCGAGAAUUUAGAUAUGGAGGCAGUGAAAAGGACGUUUGAUGUAAACGUGUUUGGAGCUAUGGCGAUGGUUCAAUUAUGCUUGCCUUAUCUUCGCGAAUCACGCAUCUCCAACCCUCUCAAUGCAGCUCACGGCAAAAUCAUCAUUCUCACCUCCGCCUGCGACUCCGCUGUAACAUACCAUGGAUGGACACCAUAUUGCACUACCAAAGCCGCCUUGACACGCUUCAUAUCUUGCUUAGCGCACGAAGAACGCCUUAUUUGCAUCCAAGGCGUGUACCCCAAGCUCACUAGAACGAAGAUGCCCAAGGAUGUGAUCGCGGGGAAGUACGAAGGUGUUAUGGCGGACCAUGAGAUUGAGCGAUUUAAGAUCUGGGACGAGGUAGGAGACGAGAUGGUGGAGCCGCCGGAGUGGUGUGGGGAGGCAGUUGCGAAACUGGCGUUGGGCUUGUUUGAGGGAGGGAAGAGUGGAGAGACGCUGUAUUAUGAUGAGCAUGUUCCGAAGAAGAUCACGGGGACGUGAGAAGCGUUGAAAGAGAGCAAUGAGAUUCAUUAUCCCCGCCCUGAAUUUUCCCACAAGCGCCGCCUCAUCAUCGCUAUCGUCCGGAUUUCUCUUCGGUAGAUCCGCGCUCUUCAUACUCUCAUUGCCCUCCGUUACGCUCUCCAAACUCUUAGGUCGAACUAAUGUCCUCUCGUCCACCAGAACGCCUUGUGCCUUCCCCCCCGUGAUAGCCACUUCGGAGCCUCUACGCUCAAAGAAGGGGUUUGGUUCGUUGCUGAUGACAACUUCUUUUGUUCGCUUGAUCUGGUUGCCCGUUGGUGCGAAACUGACGAUGCGAUCACC